ACGGAGCAAAAGAAAAGGGAAGCCGGAGGAAAAACUAGAAAGCAGAGCUGAGCAAUUUUGCAACCUGGAUCAGACAGAAAACGGCCGAGCCGCGCUUGCAAAAGGAGGAUCGGGGAAGAGUGGUAAAUCCGAUGCCGGGGGAAUUUUGGUUUUUUUUUUCUUUCCUCCACCGUGAGACUUGAUUCUGAGCAGGCGGGAGGAUGCCCAGGAAGAAGGCGAAGGCCUGGGAGGAGCCGAGCUCCGGGAACGGGACCGGCCGCGGAGGGGCGAGGAAGAGGAGCGGGCCGAAGGGGAGGAAGAGGGAGCGGGAGGAGCGGUGCAGCAGUAGCAGCAGCAGCGGAGGAGGAGGAGGAGGAGGAGGCGGUGGGAGCGGGAGCAGCGCCGACGAGGACGGCGGGGGGCUGGAUGGGACCCCCGGGGGGGGCAAGCGCCUCGCCAAGCCGGCCAAGGCCUACUCCACCGCCAAGGCGGGGGGCCCCGCCGUCGUCAUCACCGAACCGGACCACACCAAGGAGAAGAUCAAACUCGAAGGGUCUAAGGGCAAGGGGCAGCUCCUGAUUUUCGGAGCCACCAACUGGGACCUCAUCGGCCGCAAAGAAGUGCCUAAGCAGCAAGCUGCUUACCGUAACCUGGGUCAGAACCUGUGGGGACCGCACAGAUAUGGUUGCCUCUCGGGGGUUCAGGUGCGGACGGUGGUUUCAGGUCCAUGCGCAGCCCACAGCCUCCUCAUCACCACGGAGGGGAAGCUCUGGAGCUGGGGUCGAAAUGAAAAAGGACAGCUGGGCCACGGGGACACCAAGAGAGUGGAGGCCCCCAGACUCAUCGAAGUCCUGAGCAGCGAAGUGAUCGUGUCAGCUGCGUGUGGGCGGAACCAUACAUUAGCGCUGACAGAAACCGGCUCCGUGUUUGCAUUUGGAGAGAACAAGAUGGGCCAGCUGGGGCUUGGCAAUCAGACAGAUGCUGUUCCUAGCCCUGCACAGAUAAUGUACAACGGCCAGCCAAUUACCAAAAUGGCCUGUGGGGCUGAAUUCAGUAUGAUAAUGGACUGUAAAGGAAACCUCUAUUCCUUUGGGUGUCCUGAGUAUGGUCAGCUGGGACACAACUCUGACGGGAAGUUCAUUGCCCGGGCCCAGAGAAUAGAGUAUGACUGCGAGUUGGUGCCCCGCCGGGUGGCCAUUUUCAUCGAAAAGACAAAAGAUGGCCAGAUCCUGCCCGUCCCAAAUGUGGUGGUGAGAGACGUGGCUUGUGGCACCAAUCAUACGCUGGUUUUAGACUCCCAGAAGCGUGUCUUCUCCUGGGGCUUUGGAGGGUAUGGCCGGCUGGGCCACGCCGAGCAGAAAGACGAGAUGGUGCCGCGCCUGGUAAAGCUGUUUGACUUCCCUGGCCGCGGGGCUGCCCACAUCUACGCGGGCUACACCUGCUCCUUCGCCGUCAGUGAAAUUGGUGGGCUGUUUUUCUGGGGUGCAACCAACACUUCUCGUGAAUCUACCAUGUACCCCAAAGCAGUUCAGGAUCUCUGUGGUUGGAAAAUCCGCAGCCUGGCUUGUGGGAAGAGCAGUAUUAUAGUGGCUGCCGAUGAGAGCACAAUCAGCUGGGGCCCAUCUCCAACCUUCGGCGAACUGGGCUACGGAGAUCACAAGCCCAAGUCCUCCACCGCAGCCCAAGAGGUGAAAACCCUGGAUGGCAUUUAUACAGAGCAGGUUGCCAUGGGCUACUCACACUCCCUGGUGAUAGCAAGGGAUGAGAGCGAAACGGAGAAGGAGAAACUAAAGAAACUGCCAGAAUAUAACCCCCGCACCCUCUGAUCACCCUGGGAGCCAUGCAACUCCAAAGUUCUAGAGGCAGCUGUCAUUUCCAAUGUGCACUGGGACGCAAAGUCUUAUGAAGAGAUUAAAAAGCAAAAGUUGAACUAAACUGCAUUUUUGUUAGACUUCCCCUGGUUCCAUUUUCUAUGCGAUUCAACGUUUUAACUACCCGUUACUGUAUAAUUUCCAAAGCGUGUCUUUUUUUAUUAUUUUUCCUUUUUCUGAAUGUUUAAUUAAAAUAUUUGCUCGUAGCUGACAAGACCAUUCCUAUGAAAGUGGCAGGAACUUUCAGCCUUGGUUUGGGGUUUUUCUAUUUCCCUUUCCAAAAUUCACUCCCCCAUUGUUUUGAACUCCGUGAGGAGAGCUGGUAUGAGUCGGGGUUCCUUCCCCACUGGCAAAUGGGGGACCACCAUGAGUAGAGUCGGUAUAAGUCGGGGGCUCAACCCCACGUUAAGGGGCCUUUUCACACUGGCAAAUGGGGGAUGCCUUGGAUUGGUUUCCCCGGCCAUAUUCCCUCUUGACUCCCGUUGGCCUGUGCAGUCUCAGUUCUCUCGGUGUGUGAAGCAGGGCUCCAAGUGAGGCAGCAAGUCUCCUUGACUCAAUUAAAGCCCUCAGUUUUAGCAAUAAAGAGGCCUUGAAAAUGGAGAAAACUUUAUUUCCAGGCAUUGCUAAGAUUUGCGUAGAGCCUGUAAAUAAGAAAAAAUGGUCUUGGUGACAGGGUGACCUGAAGGAGCAGCAUUUCUUAUGAAAUGGAACCUGACAGUGUGUGAGGAGGAGGGAAAGGAGCAUUCUCUGCAUUUCUUCCAUUAAAGGUUAGUCCAUUAUGGCUCCCUAGGGGCAAAGAGCCUCUUUGCCGGCACUUCAUCGGAGACUGGUCUGUGGGCUGUAAAAAGGGAAUUUCUCAAGCCCUCGCAGUGACAGAUCAGCCCUUCUCCUCUUGUCUCUAGAUGGUUUACCUCUCCCUGACUCCUGCUUGAAAUGCACCCUCCAUCUUGAAGCUAGUCAAAGUUCCCCAAACUUCCUCCCCAGGCAGAACCUGCCUCGUUCUUUCAGCAAAUGGACGCACUGAUUUACGAGCCCCUUGCAACGAGUCAGAGCCUUUUUUUUUCUUUAAAUUGUCAUCUGGACUCCUGCCCAAAGUGUUUCUUCCCACUGCUGCUGUACUAGAAGUAAGAGUUCCAUUCUGAUUUCCACCCGGUAACAAAGGGUUUUCUUGCGGUUCAGCUGUAGGCUACUCAGACAUUAGGAGUUUAUUGGGUUGAUGCUUUGUUACAUUGAGUUUCCGUUGCCUAACAGGUGUUGUAAUAAUAGGGCAGAGAUGCUUAGGGGCUGAGAGGUGGAGAACUGAAAUGUCAGUCAUUAAUGCAAGGGAGAGUCCAGUGAAGUUAGGGUUUCUUAGACUAUUAGUAGCAUUUGGGAAUUGUUACAAUAACAAGAAAUUUAUCCUGAAAGGAUUAUUGUUUAUAACAUCUUUCCUCCAGGCUCAGGAGGGAUUUUUUUUUCCGUGAACAUAGGCCGUUGGGUUGUGUUCCUUGGCCAGUCUUGUUGCCUGUGCUUUGGAGUCAUCCAGGAAUUACAUGGAAUAGUUUCUUUUCUUAAAGGAUUUCCAAAUUUCACAUUCGUCCUUCUGUUCAAAAAGCAAACGGGGUGACUCACGUUUUGAGUUUCUCUCUUGACGGUUUGAUAAAUCCACUUGACCCUCUCAUGCCUUCAAGAUCUCAUCACCGAGACCCAUUUCUGAAGAAGGUGUUCCUGUUCCUAGUUCAUUCAGUUCGGUUGUGUGAUGGGAUUACCUGGUGAAGGUGGCCGGAGCUCACAGUUCCAACUUAAAUUGAAGUCUGAAGUGGCUUCACGUCUGCCCAACGAACACAGCGUCUGUGUCCGACACUAGCAGGCCUCCCCAGACAACAAACCUCCUUUGCAAAUGGGGUUGUGUUGGGGUAUUCAUUUCACACACAGGCACAACAAGCCUUUCUUUGUGGUUCAUUUUAGUGCCCAAGAACAGGUUGUCAUUAUGAGCAACCGAGGCUGGGUUUCUCGGCAGAUAGAUGGGGGGGUGGCCAGUUGAGCUGGGGCUCAGAGUGUAUAUGCUAUACUCCCAUUAUUUUGGGGUGGGGGGGUAGUUCUUCUACUUGCUCUAACCCAGCAAGACAUUUCUGAACUCUUGUGGGAAUGGACCACCGAGUCUUGGCUUUGUUCCAUCCAAAUGAACGUACCCGGUUUCCUCAAAUCUUAAACUCUUUUGGCUUUUGAGAAAAUUGUUUCCUAAUUAGGAAAGUACUUUGAGUAUAUGGAGUUUGGAAAAAUACCAGAAUAUCUACCCCCUGGAUGUCUGGAGAGAGUGAUGGGGCUUUCUAAAGACAGAAAGGGGCUCUGGCUCUUACGAAUUGUGUUUCUGUACUGAUGCCCUGCUCUUGUUUCACCUGGCUGGGAGGAGGAGAAUUUGGAAUAAGACUUGAGUGGGGAUAGAGGGAAUCCUGGAAAAGGUUUUAUUUUGGUUUUAAGGAGCCUGGUUUAGUGCUGUAAUUGUCCUGUGUUUUUAUAUAUAUAUAUAUAUAUUUCUUGGAGUAAAUGAUUUAAAUAAAUGACAACAUUGUUUA